GUUUGCAUUGUGCGGUACUGAAAAUCAUCGUUGGGUGCGCGCGAGUUCACCGAUUUGUUGUGGUGUGGCUGACAAAUGAAUUGAUUGUGGUGUUCCUCUCUCUCUAUACCUUGUAGGAUUUUCUUCUUCCCGUACACGGAGAAGCGUUUUUUAUAUAGUGAAGAAAAGUUAUCUUUCGUUUUUAUUUUCUUCUGUGCUCUGCCGUCGUCGUCGGGGUUAAAGGUGAAGAUAUAAUUUGUCGUUUGUAACUUGUGAUGUGUGAGGAAUUGAAACACCGCCUUACAAGUGUUGAUUGUUAGUGAUAACUGCAGCGCGUUACUUGGAAGUUUGUCGAGCUUUGUUUCUAGAAAAGAAGCAUCUUCUUCAAACGAGAGGAGACGGGAAAUAUCCUAAAUUUUUCGGAAUUUAACCGGCGACAGAAACGACCACGACUGUUAUUUUUCCCCGGAGAACAGAGCUCGUUUCGCUUGCUGUAGAAACGCGAAACGAAACAAGAAGAAAAAGCUGACGAAGAAAAUAAGCGGCAAACGAAGAUUUGCGACAGCGACAACUACCGAGCACUGAGAAAAUUAAAAAAAAAAACGGAAAAAAAAAUCUCAACGGUCAAAGAAACCACAAAUCCAAUUCAAACACACAAAGUGGAAAGCUUUUCCGUUUUCUACACUUUUCGGGUUCGGAUUCUACGGUUUGGGAAAAAGGAAAUGGUUGCCAGGGGCUAUACCAACAGCAGCAUAUCGUUGUCGUAUUUUUUCCGGCUUUCCGGGGGUGGAAGUUGUGUGUGUGUCUGAAGUGCUGGGGGUUCAAUAACCAAGGUUCACCUGUUUUUUUUACUACGUUAUUUUUUCUUGGUGAAAAAAGUGUGAUUCUGUUGAAGCCUGUAAUUAAAAGGAAGGUCAAGAGCGUGUUUUCGUGAAAUUAAAAAGCUAGAGAGUCCAGUGUUUUGUAAUUUGGGAGAAUCUCGUAAUGCUUUCUUGAAAGUGUGAUAAGUGCUGUUGGAUGUAAAUUGGAGCAGAGAAAAAAACAACCGAAAAAUAGUGGAAUUGGUCAACCGCAACAUUCAGUACUUCCAGACAAAUUUGCUCUGCACGUAAAAAGUGAGAGCAACAACAGCGAUUCAUUCAAAUCAGUUUUAAAUCAUCAUCGAAGUUGGCGGCGCAUUUGGUGUGAAAACGAAACGAUCGCUUGAAUUCGCUUGCGUAAGCUGUGGCCAAAAAAUCGUUCACCCUGGAUACCUAAGGUGAACCACCGGUGCGCUACCAAAGCACCGUGUUUGAGUGUGCCUGCGUCUGUUGCGGCGACCCUUUGCGUAGGUUAUGGAUCACGCGGUUCACGCCGCCCGCGGUCGACCAUGGAACAAGCUACGCUUCGAAAACAACGAACUGGAAUGCCUGUACCAGCGCUACACCCUGAAGCUGCAGCGCUUCUCCGUCAUCGGGGUGGUGGCGCUGGUGGUCGUCCUGUGCGGCGUCAUGGCCGGGCUGAGCCUCGGAUACAACCAGGCCCCAACGUUACAUAAUGUCUUCAAUUCCUUCAUGUGCUUACUGUUUGCGGUGGUUCUGGCGCUGUUACAGUUCCGACUGAUCCGGGACUCACACCUGCCGUACCUAUGCUACGGAAUACUGUUCUUCACGGCGGCCUUUUGCUUCAUCUCGAUGCCAACGGUGGGUAUUAUUUUCCCGGUGGAUACCCGGGAGGUGAUGGCUGAGGGUGUGUGGCAGAUCGUGUUUGUGGUGUUCCUGGCGUACGCCAUGAUGCCGCUACAGAUUUGGGAAGCGGUGCUGUUCGGCAUCAUUCUGCCCUCGAUUCACGUCGGACUGACCGGGUACAACAUCUACAAUGAGAACUUCCAGUACCUGGCCUACCAUCAGUUGGCCGCCAAUAUGGUGAUCUUCGUCGGGGUCAACGUGGCCGGAUUGGUCGUCAAUGUUAUGAUGGAACGAGCUCAGAGGCGUGCCUUCCUGGACACUAGGAACUGUAUUGCAGCCCGAUUGGAGAUGGAAGAUGAAAAUGAAAAGUUAGAAAGACUGCUGCUAUCCGUGCUUCCCCAGCACGUAGCCAUGGAGAUGAAGAACGACAUUCUUUCACCAGUUGAGGGACAGUUCCACAAAAUCUAUAUUCAAAAGCAUGAAAAUGUCAGUAUUCUGUUUGCCGAUAUAGUCGGUUUUACCGUGCUAGCUUCACAGUGCAGCGCUCAGGAAUUGGUCCGGUUGUUGAAUGAACUGUUUGGAAGAUUUGAUCAGCUCGCUCACGAUAACCACUGUCUAAGGAUAAAGAUUCUUGGUGAUUGUUAUUACUGUGUUUCGGGCAUCCCGGAUCCCCGAGCCGAUCACGCCAGGUGUGCCGUAGAAAUGGGACUCGAUAUGAUCGAUGCUAUUGCUUCAGUAGUGGAGCAAACCGAUGUAAUUCUCAACAUGCGAGUAGGAAUCCAUUCCGGUCGAGUACUCUGCGGAGUUCUCGGGCUUCGAAAGUGGCAGUUUGACGUGUGGUCCAACGAUGUAACGUUGGCCAAUCAUAUGGAGAGUGGCGGAGAACCGGGACGAGUUCACGUGACCCGUGCGACGCUCGAUGCCCUAGGUGGCGAAUACGAAGUGGAAGCUGGCCAUGGCGAGACACGGGAUUCAUACCUAAGGGACAAUCAGAUCGAUACAUACUUUAUAGUUCCACCUGCUCACAGGAGAAAGCCUCUAAUGCUCAACACCCUCGGUGUACGGUCGGCCCUCGGAGCGGCCAACCGGCGGAAGCUCUCGUUCCGGAAUGUAUCCAACGUGGUGGUUCAGUUGCUGCACACAAUCAAAUACUCGGUACCGGUUCCGUUUUCGCACAUGGCCACCGGCCCCGGGAGCUCUCCGUUCCCCGGAGGAAGUGCGAUAGGUGGUCCGGGAGCUGGUGCCGCAAACAGCGGCGGUGGCGCAGGACUUUUCCUGGAUAAGAAUGCUCGCAAGAACAAGGUGACGGACAAGUUUAAGCGGCCGUUCAAGAAACGUCACUCCAGUGUGUACCAUCAGCCAUCGAAUCGGGUCAACAAGUUCCUAUCACAGGCCAUCGAGGCGCGCAGCGUCGAUCGCGAAAAGUCGGUCCACGUCAAACGGAUCACGCUGCAAUUCCGCGAGAAGGAAAAGGAACGCCAGUACCAUCAGGACUUUGAUCUAGGGUUCACCACCGCCAUGGGCUGUAGCUUGCUGCUGCUGAUUCUGAGUGCAGGACUGCAGAUUUCGGCACUCCCACGGACCUUGAUCUUACUGCUGCUCUUCCUGACUGCCUUCGUUUGGAUUAGUGCCAUCUUGAUGCUCCUAUUGGCCGUACGAUUGAAGUGGAUUUUCUGGGAUCUGUCGCAGAGUUUUUCCCUCCGAUUAGCUAUUACCAUUUUUACCAUUGUUCUUCUCUACUCGGUCGGACAGGUUAAUGUGUUCACCUGCCUUUCGGAUCAUCCGUGCACAACUAACUUUACAACGAAAGCAAUCCCACUGGGUGGUGGUCCGAUUACAAAUGGAGCAGGAAGUUUGGGGAGUGGCGUAUUCCAGCACGAUCAACCACUGGCCCAGUCAUCGGCGGCUACGGUUGAAUCAAGUGCGCACGAAGCCGACAAUCCAUUCCUCCACAACUCGGAUCAUCACAACCCGCAGAUGAGCUCACAAUCCGUACUGAAUCAAAGCUAUGCCCACCGGAAGUGUGCCCUGCCACAGUACAUUGCCCUAUCGGCGGCCUUUUCCUUUCUAACCGUUUCCAUCUUUUUAAGAUUACCUAUCAUGGUCAAAACGGUCUUGAUCACCCUAAUGGGGGUGAUGUACUGUCUGUUCAUCGAGCUAUCGCAUACCAAUAUCUUCGACUGUUAUGAUCAACGGGUGGAGUCGGCCAUCCCACUGCACACGAUCUCGCUAGCUCGCAUCAUCAUCUUCAUGGUGGCGAUCCUGGCUCACGGUCGCCAAGUAGAAUGGACUGCCCGCCUAGACUUCCUUUGGCAGCUUCAGGCCUCCCAGGAGAAGAAGGAAAUGUCCGUUCUACAGCAGAGCAAUCGGAGAAUUCUUUACAACUUGCUCCCAUCACAUGUGGCCGCACACUUUUUGGACAACCAUUUCGCCCGGAACAAUAUGGGUACGCUCCGGUCGUCGAUUCAGGACCUCUACCAUCAGAGCUACAGCAAGGUGGGGGUGAUUUUUGCCAGCGUGCCGAACUUCCACGAGUUCUAUACCGAAAUGGAUGGAUCGAACCAGGGCGUGGAAUGUUUGCGACUGCUCAACGAGAUCAUAGCCGAUUUCGAUGAGCUGCUGUGCGAGGAGCGAUUCCAGGCGAUCGACAAAAUUAAGACUGUGGGAAGUACCUACAUGGCAGCGGUUGGGCUGAUACCGGAAUAUAAGAUGCUUCCCAAUGAUCCGAAUUCGACGAGGAAGUUAAUGACUGCAUUAGUGGAUUUCGUUAAGGCAAUGAGGGCACGAUUGAAGAAUAUCAACGAGAACUCGUAUAACAACUUUAUGUUGAAGGUUGGGAUCAAUGUUGGUCCAGUCGUAGCUGGAGUUAUCGGGGCAAGGAAACCUCAGUAUGAUAUCUGGGGCAAUACGGUGAAUGUUGCUAGUCGAAUGGAUUCUACAGGUAUUCCGGGUUACACUCAGGUGACUCAAGAAGUGGUCGAUAGUUUGCAAGGAAGUUACUUUGAGUUCCGUUGUCGGGGACAGAUCAAGGUUAAGGGUAAGGGUGACAUGGUGACCUACUUUUUGUGUGAACAGAAUGAAAACAUGCUGAACGGAAUGGGUAUGGGAGGUGGCACUUCGAAUAGACAAACGCCGGUUCCCAAUAUUAUAUCAAAUUACCAAACGGACAGCUUUCACCAUUUGAACAUUAGCCACGUGCAGAAUAAUGCAAGCGUUGUCCAGCCUCAAAGUUACUAUAUGAAGCGAUCCGAUAUGGAUAGCGGAAGUGUUAAAAAUACCAAAUGGGCUAAUGCGAAUGAAAGUUUCUCGAAAAAAGAAAGUUACAAUUUUUUGGAAAGUCCCAAUCUACUUCCCGUGGGUCACUAUCAACAACAGCAACCAUUGUCACAACAGCAGCAGCAACAGCUUCAACAACAACAACAACAACAAAGUCAUCCAGGAGCACCAAUCAAAGUAGCUUAUAAACACAACAAUAUAAACAAUAAUAGCAUUCACGCAGGCGCUGCCGGAUACCAUGCGAACAACUAUGACAUGGCCAGCUAUAACUACAGCAAACGAAACGACUAUCACCAUGGUAACAAUGGAGGAGGCAGUCAGCACCAGCCACCGAAUUAUAACAUUCGAGAAAACUACAAUAUCAUUGAAAAUCCCAGUGUGAAUGACGAAAACAAUUUCAACAAGCUGAACCAGAGUAGUAGUGGUGGAGGUCACAAGCUUAGAAACAACAAAAACUAUCACAACCAACAUCAUCACCAAAGUAAUCAUCAUCACAGUAGGCCUGAAAGUACAGCCAGUCAUCAUCUUAGCUCAAACAAUAGGGCUGUCCAAAGCAAUUACGUGACGGCAGCUGAGAAUGAACCUCUACUGGGAUCAGGAAUGAUCGGAAAUGCUGUGAUCAAACCGAUACAACAAAUCCAACAGAUACCCAAAUAUGAACCUCCACGAUACGCAACUGGCAGUAGCGCCUUCCCACAGCAAAACUCCAGUCAGCCAAGCGGAAACAACUAUAAUUUUCCAGUAGCACAAAACUAUCACCCUCAGCAGCAAAACCGACAGCACCAGCUAUAUCAACAGCAACACCAGCACCAGCAGCAGCAACUUCUGAAGCAAUAUAUCAAACCACUUCCCAAGUUACCCCACGAAUUCGAUGAAUCUCGGGAAAUGUCCUCAACGGACGACCUCAGUUCGCGACCUCGAUCUCCUUCGGUCAGUUCCUCCGACGAAAGCUAUUCGAAAACCAACGACCGUGACGAUCUAGAUGGGCGAAUAGCGCCCCAUCACACCACAUCUUAUUACAACAACCAACUGCAGCAGCAAAAUCCACUACAGUACCUUUACCCGGGAGACAUCCAGGUAGAUCCGAUGUCUCCGCCCAAGCUUAGUCCCGUGGACUUUGCACAGCUCAAAGAUUACGAAGUUACUACAACGGCAGAAACGAAAUCAUCAGUCCCCAACAAGGGAGAAUCGUGCAACAGCUUCGAGUACCAUCAGGAUGGUCGACUAGCUGGUGCUCACGGUCCUCUUCCGACACCGAUGAGCAACAGCAGCAGCAACAAUAACAACAACAAUAACCAGUACCCCAAAUCGCCGUUCGAGCGGGAACUCCAACGACGGUUAGCAGAAUCUCAGUCCCGACCGAUGCUUGCCGUCGCCAGUGGCUCCAACAACAUGGAGCAGAUGAUGGAUCAACAACCCCCGCUACCACGAAGAGACUCCAUUGAACGGGUUAAAAACGCCAACAAUAUGAUGCUGGCCAAGCACCCGGGAACACUGGAAGCCAUCAAGGAAGCAACUCGCAACAAAAACCCCUCCGAAUCCAGUCAUAUGCAAACCUCCGAUACGGAAUCGUGUGAGAUAAUUCACGACUAUCGAACCUCAAAUACCGGGGGUUCGAUGGACAGCAGUUCGGGUGGCAGUCGGCACCAUCAUCAUCAUCUGAAGCAUUUGACACAAUCACCACGGUUACCUCCACGAAACCAUCAUCUACAUCACAACAGCACUGUUGCCGGUGGUGGUGGUGGCCAUCAUCCCAAGUACAAUAACAACCUGCACCACCAUGUGAUGGUAAGCAACAAAUCUUCCAACGAAACCUCGUCGAACAUCGAGGCCGACGAGGACCUGCAGCUGUCAAACGAGGCCGUUUACCGGGGCCGAACACGGGAUUCUGAUGACAUGCUCGAUGACGACGAGGACGAGGAAGAAGAAGACGAUCCGGAAGAGGAAGAAUCUGAAGAGGAUGAUGAUGAUGAAGACGAAGACUAUGAGAAGGAAGCACGGAAUAGUGGUGGUGGUGGAGCUCCGAGGAGACGAAUUGUUACCGGUGAUCAGCGGAGAUCAAAGCAUCAGCAGAACUCGGCCGGCAAUACUCCCUCGAGGGGAGGUGGAUACAUCUCCGAGGAGUUGAGCUAUGGAGCGACGGGUGGAGGUCGAUCGGAACGGCUAGCGAUGGAGCGGGAUCUCUUGAGCGGUCAUCACAACAACAGUCACAGCUCGCAUCACAAUCACCAGUCUCUCGACUCGAAUCCGGUGGAAAGCCAAUCGGAGUGGAGCGAUGACGAGUGCCGGGAAGAGGCAACAGGUGGCGCCGAGAGUACCGGCUACAUCACGGACGAGCCUGGCCUGGAGAAUAUUUCGUUACUGAACGAGGCCGGACUCACGGAUGCCGAGGGUGCCCUGUCAGACGUCAACUCACUGUACAACGCACCGGACGUGGACGAUACGUCGAUAUCGUCUCGCGCCAGCAGCCGCCUGUUGAGCCUAGACUCGUUGAGCGGCCUCUAUGACUGUGAUCUGGACUCCAGGCACGAGCUGGCGAUCGUAUCGGCUUCGCACAAGAUAAGCAGUAAGUUUGGUGGGGUCGUACUGGGUAGCAGUGGUACGGCCACGACCGGUAGUGCCGGCGGAAAUGCUUCUACGACUAACCACCCUUCCGGCGGGGGAUGAGGUUUGGCCCACGCCGAGGGACGCUGCAGCAGUGGCCCGGCGUCCGUCGGCCAGGUAAGUAACGAUGACUCCAUCGGUUGUUCAACAACGGGUCCGGCAGAGACGGAGUCCGGUGACUGUGAACAACAGACGGAGGAACGCGAGGACUGUGAAUAGGCAAAGGGUGUGGUGAAGACUUUUGAGUAAGCUAAGCAUCGUACUUGGAAGAUUGGACGCAAAAUGUGUCAUUCGCGGAGCUAGAGUGUAACAGGAAACAAGCUAGAAGCGAUCUGCCUUCUAUGGCUUUUGUUUUGUUUUUCGUCUCUUGUUUUGUUCUAGUUUGAAUUAGUUUAGUAACAGUUGGUGGAUUUCAGUUCAGUUCAAUGUCGAGCGUAGUCAGUUGUAGUGCUAUACAAAAUGCAUUUGUAAGAUUAUUUUAACCAAUACAUAUAUUGUGGAAUCACGACUGUGAAUAGUAUUUGUAACUAUAUCUAAAGUUAUCGACCCUAAAGUGACAUCCAGUUUAGUUAACCAUUAAAGAAUGUGACUCACAAGAUAGGAUUGAAGAUCAUCUCUUCAGAGUUAGGAAUCACCAGGAAUUUGGAAUUUCAAAUCUAAAAAAGCUUAAGAACUAUCCAAUUCGAAUCUUCUUCAUAAAUAUGUGUCUAAUAAAGCUUAAUUUCAAAAUUUGGUAUGUUCCCAUUUCAAGUUACAUUUAUUUAUUUAUUUAUUUUUUUUUUUUUAAUUUUUUAUUGGCUUUACCUCUAUAACAUAACCGGCCAAGUGUUGAUUACUGUUCUACUUACAUGUCUAAUUCACAUUCAAUUACAAAAUUAGCUAUCGUUUUAUAUAAUUCAAUGUCUUUCUUUUUCAGUAUCAAAUGUAUAUCGGGUGGAAUUCCUUUUUUCAUUAAAAUUCGCCAAAUAGGUCUACGAAGAUUUUCAAAUCUGCUGCAUGCGAAGAUAAUGUGAUCAGGAUCUGCGAUGGAUUCGCCACAACUGCACGUAGCAUCCAAUAGGAUACCAUUCCUAGUGAGAUGAGCAGGGAGUCGUGAAUGAUUUGAUAUUAAUUUGGAAAGGAUUACAAUUUGUCUGCGGUUGAGAUCCAAGCUACUAAACCAUGGUUGGAGCGAAACGUUAGAGAUGAUGCUGUGACAGAAACGUCCUUUAGUUCCUGAAUUCCAUUUUGCUUGCCAUUUGUGCAUUGUUGUACGCCGAAUCGGAAACUGGAUGUCGAAUGAUGUUAAAAUAUAAUCUGCUGUACCACCAUUGAUGCACGCACUUUUCGCCUCUUGAUCUGCCAACUCGUUCAUUGGAAUACCUCUGUGAGACGGAACCCAUAUCAGAUGGAUCUCGUACCCCAUUCUUUGACCUUCAAGAAUGGAUUCUUUUACAUCGUACCAAGCAACGGGAUAUUUUUGAUUGAUGUUGAUUUUUUGCAGGCUCGUGAGACAACUCAAACUAUCGGUUAGAAUAAUAUACUGAGCAACAGGAAGACUUACGAUCAUUUUCGCAGCAUGCCUGAUUGCCAGAAGCUCUGCCAUAUAAACGGAUGCUUUACUGUCGAGUUUGAUUCCUUCUGCAGGUGUUCCAAAGUUAUUUACCACAGCAAAACCUGUGCCGUGUAUAUCUUUCGACCCGUCAGUUGCCAAGAUUUUCGCGUUGGCAUACACUUCCAAGAGAUAGUUUGACACCAAAUCAGCUGCCGAUGAGUUCUGGUGUUCUAAACAUAACCGUUUAACAGUGAGAUCAAUGGAUAUUUUUGUUCUUACAACUUCACGGUUGAACAUGUAGCAUGGGAGAUUAUUUAGAGGCUGUUCAAGUGGAAUGAAUUCGUUUAGCAUUCUUGUUGCGCGGUGUAUUCCCGUAGCCACUAAGCCACCGUCCAAGAUCGGUCUGGAAUAUUGUCGAUGCCAAGAAAGGAGUGAUGCUCUUUUAUUUACAAAACGCAUGACCGCAAGUUCUCUUCUUUGUUGCAGCGGAAUAAUACCAGCCAUCACUUCGAGUGAACCUGUGUGGGUGGUUUUUGUGGAGCCCAAACAGAUUCGAAUUCCUGCCCAUUGUAGUCUAUCCAAAAUAAUGGCUUCUUUUUGUGUUAACUCCGUCAUAAAUAUGGAACCGUAUUCCAAUAUUGAUCUCACACAUGACUUAAAAAUAACUAACAUUGCUGCUGGAUGUGCUCCCCAUAACUGGCCCGAUAUGCUUCGUAAAAAGUUAAGAUACGGAGCUGUACGUUUCUGUACCUCUCUAAUAUGACACGACCACGACAGAUUUCGUGUGAGGUACAUGCCGAGUAACCUCAGGGAUCUGACGUAUUCCAAAGUGCAACCGCCGAUGUUUAUUUCUGGAGGAUUAUCGCAUUGUUGUGUCGAGAUCAGGAGGCACUUACAUUUCGUCGGCGAAAGUUCUAACCCAAGGUCGAAAAUAUUUUCCACAACUAUAUCCACUGCCCUUUGGAGAGAUUCGCAACUAUGCUCCAGUGAGGUUCCUCUUACAGCAAUUGUUGUGUCAUCGGCGUAAUUUACGGUUAUCACAUCAGGAGGGACACUGUUGAUCAAUCCACUGAUCACAACAUUAAAGCAUAACGGACUUAGUGGAGAUCCCUGAGGAAGGCCUUUCCACGUUGUCCUAGAUAUUGAAUCUAAUCCACUCGAAAUGCACAAAUUCCUUUCUUCAAACAGAUGGAAGAUACUUUUUACUAGACAUUCAGGGACUGUUAAUGAGCGUAAUUCGCGGACCAGAACAUUAAUUUCCACGUUGUCGUAGGCGGCUUUGAUAUCGAGGCUAUAUAUCACCACAUGCUCUCUUCUUUUCAAAGCUAAGGAAGCUUCGUUAAUCAGUGGAAACAACGCAUCCAUUGUUCCUCGUCCUUUCCUAAAACCGUUGAUAGCUGAAGGGAACAGGUUGUUGUUUUCGAUGAAAUGUUCUAGUCGAUCUUUGAUUAUGAGUUCAUACACUUUGCGAAAACAUGAAGCUAACGCGAUUGGACGAACAGCAGAAGGAGAAAUCGGAUCAUGGCCAUUUUUAGGAAUCGGUACAAUUUUAUAGGUUUUCCAGCUUUCCGGAAUUCUUCCUGAAGCAAAAAUUUGGCAAUAGAUUUUUCGCAACUGACUAAGCGCCGCCCAUGGGAGACGAUUUAUGACGGAAUAUGGAACACCAUCCAAACCAGGAGCCGAAUCUUUACCGGUUUUCAAAACAGCUUGAAUAUCCGAUACUGAGAAUGGAAAACCAGUUUGAGAGCAACAAGAACAUUGUAGAAAAACCGGGGGUGGAUUUUUGGCAGAUGAGGGAGCCAACUUGUCCAAAACAUCGUUGGCCAAAUUGUCCGAAAUUCUGAUGUUUUUUGAUGGCUCUCCGCGCCCUUUAAACCUUCUGGCCAUCUUCCAUAAGGUUGUGAGGGACGUAGAACUAUCACAGCUAUCACAAAAAUGUUGCCAACUUUUCCUCUUCUUCUCGCGUACCAAAUUUCUGAACCUUCGUUCUGUAUUAGCGUACCCUUCGUAAGCUUCGGUUGACAGCUCCCGUUUCCAAGCGCGGAAAGCAACUCUGGUGGCUUUCUUCGCUUCUGUUAGCUCUUCGUCCCAAUAGGGUUGCGGUAUUCGGCGGGUGUGGUUCGAGUUUACUGAUGGGCAGGAUCUGCGCAGUGCUUGCCAAAUCAGCUCAAAGAAGACAUCAAAGCUAUCCGGUUCUCCAUUUUCGACGAAUGAUUCCUCGAGGCUUCCGGCAAAACGUUCCCAGUCGAUUUUCCGAACAUUGAUUCCAGAGUAGAAUUUCAUCGCGCAUGUAGUACUCGAAUGAAAAACUAUCGGAAAAUGAUCGCUUCCAUUUGGUGAAUCCAAAACCUCCCAGUCGAAGCACAAACUAAGGCUCGAAGAAACCAGCGUGAUAUCAAUUGCGCCCCACGACCGGUUUACAUCAAACCUAGUUGGCUGACCGUUGUUGAGAAUGACGAGAUGAGAUGUUUCGAUGGCUUGAUGAAGACGGUCUCCACGUAUGUUUCCAUGCUCGCUUCCCCAUAGGUGAUGUUUUGCGUUAAAGUCUCCUCCAAUGAUGCACGGUUUCGGAACGGUUGAUAAAAAAUUUUCAAACUGAGUCUGCGAUAUGUUGGCUUGCGGGUGUAUGUACACAGAUACAAUGGUGAUCAACCCGGAGAUGUAUUUGAUCUGGCAGGCAACGGCUUGAAUAUCCGCUGACAGUGCAAUAGGAAAUGCUACGGGAUUUAGUUCUGAACGAAUCGCGAUGGCUACGCCCAUCGAGUUUCGUCUGUGAUCUUUACGAAACAUGGUGUGCUGCGGUAGACUAAAGUUUGUGUGACUGUCGAGAUGUGUUUCACUCAAAAGCGAAAUAUUGAUAUUGUGUGUAUUUAUGAGCUGGAUUAAGGAUGAGCGUUUACUAUUUAUCCCUCUACAAUUCCAUUGUAGACAUUGCAGAGGAACGGUGGUUGUUAAAGUGCUUGGUGUGGUCUUUUUCAUAAUCUGAGAUUAGCAAAAUAGCCUUUCAUUUUAUCACUAACAACAUCCGAAAUUCUCUCCAAAACCAUUUGUUGGAUUUUUUGUCGAGUUUCAAUAUCUUCCUCAGGAACUUCCAGAGCAUCUGCAACGAUAUCGAUGACCUCAGUAGAUUCAAUCGUCGAUCGGAUCGAAUCGCAAACCCCGUCAGAAAUGUUAACUUCAAGUUGGGGAAGCUCAUCGUCCGAAUCGACAUUAUAACGACGUUUGCUGGAAGGAUUAGAUCCAUUCUUGUCAACAUUAUUUGUUUGGCAAGCUACUGCCACGGUGGAGUUUGUUGUUGGUUGAGAGAUGACAGGUAGUGUGUUUGAUGAAUCGUUAGAAUUUGUUCCACAAAACCAAUCGACACGUCCUUGUGAAAAAGUGUCACGCCGCUCUUUAUCGGUUUUCUUUUUUUGAAUUAUUUUCGGACAUAGCUUGUGAUCAUUGGCCCGAUGGGUGCCUAAACAGUUAACGCACUUUGGCUCACUAUUUUCACACGCAUGAUCUUCGCCGCCCACAUGCUCCAAGCAUUGAUUACAGCGUUUAGCACUCUUGCAUCCUUUUUUGUCAUGUCCCAAGCGCCAGCAGUUACCACACUGGCGGACAGGAUAAAUGUAUUGCUUAACAGCAUAAAGCACUCUAUUUAACUCGAUGUGAGUAGGUAAACUCUGCCCAGCGAAAGUAAAAAUCACCGUAAACAGGGCUUCCUCUUUAUCAUCAGCCAAUUUUCUAAGCACACGACGAGCAUGAACUAUCUCCGGGUUAUCAACUUGAUUCGACUUGCGUUUAUCGUAAGCAUUAGCAAACUUCAAUUCUUCAUCGCAAAUAUCCGGCUCAAUAUAGGCUACCCCCAGACACUCCACCAGCCGUUGGGGGAUAAAAAAACGCACUUCAUUUGAGGUACCGAUGCCUGCUAUUUCAUUAGCAGCAUCCCUCGAUCGCAUCAAAAUUUUCAUUUUGGUUUUAGAAACCGGCAUAGCACGAAUAAAAUCGUCACCAAAUUUCUUCACUAGACUUUUAGCAAUCUUCGCAGCAGAUAUAUUCCCGACAUUUGUUUCAGCCAUAACGAGAUAUGGCCCAGCAUAAUUGGCGUGAUAUUUCCGUACUCGAACUUCAUUUUUCGAUGACCUUGGUGUAUCGUUGUGGGUCAUUGCACCGCUCGACAAUAGAGUGUGGAAGGAGAGAAGAAAAAUAAAUUAGAUUUCGAUUCAGCUCACACACACGAUGUGCAACGUACCGUAGUUCAAACGAGACUGAGUUACAUUUAUUUUAAAAAGUUAUGAUUUUGUACAUGUAUUUUUUUUUAUUUAAGUUUCCUAUAGGAGAUCUGUUCAAGAUCUUUUUAAAAGGAAGCGCUGACCUUAUUAAAGCUUCAGACCUGUUAUAAAUUUGUGAUAUGUAAAAGAAAAAGCCGGAAUUGAAAAAUGGGUAAGCUUUCGUCCAUUAUAGGGAAUUGCUUAGCGAAAAUCGGCUUUGUGACUUGCAUCCUGUCACAACUGGAAUGGAAUGGAAAUGAAAGUUUAUCAACCAGACUUUGUUUUGUAAACAACUAAAAUUUACUCAAAAACCUGUAAAAAGAAAGUACUCAUAAAGAAAUUUUGAAAAGAAUCAUCUUCAGAAUACAUUUAGUUGUUUUAAACUUCAUAAUGAUGCCACUACCUAUUUUCUUCUGUUAUCUCAUGCUAAUAGUUGCUUGAAAUAAAAGAAACCCACCUCUCUCAAACUUUCUUAUCACACAUACAAAUUCGAUGUAAAUCAGCUAUCUCACCUUUAGUAGCGACAAAGUUAAAAAUAAUAAUAAUAAGGAACCACACAGAAUGAUUUUUGUGCUUUUGAUUGGCUCAAAUCCAUACAGAAAAAACUCUAUAGAAUUGUUUUCAAUUUGAGAAACUUUGAACUCGUGCAAAUAUUAUGCUUUCAAAAAGCUGUCUAUCUGUCUCUAUUUAAAAUAGGAAUCCGAUAACAUAUAAAAAGUAAAUAUUAUUACAAUUGAAUAUUAUUGUAGUUAUCAUUGACUAUUACGUACUAUUAAUAAUUUAUACAAAAAUAAUAAAAUUACAAACUAAGCGUUGAUUGGUAGCAGGAGUCUUUUUAAUUAUUAAAAAAAACUAUUUAAGAGAAGCCCAAGCUAAAACUAAAAGGUAAUUAGGUGGUAAGAACAUUCUAAGGCACGACUAAAAACAACAAACAAACAAAACAAAACUGUGAAAUUCGCUAGCAAAACCGCGAUUUAUUUUCUGAAACAUCAGAUAUUAUUUUUUAUACUGUAGAAAAUUAGCAAACUCUAGGAAGAAGAGGAAACACAAUUAAACCUUAAAAAUGCCAAAUAAAUGAAUCAUUACGUUCACACCUACAAACACAAAUAAAAAAAAAACAAAAGAAAACCCACGCGCGUAUAUAAUCAAGCCAAACUCAGAAGCUUUGAAGCACAAACGAAAAGAUUGAACUUAGAAAAGUAUCACGAAUCGGAUUUGAAAAGGAAUUGCUCCUUCUUCGAGUGUGAAACAGAAAAAAAAGUAGCAGAGGCCCUUGAACGGAAAAUCCUAACGUAGCUAAGUAAAAAGUGUCAAUUUGAUCAACAUCAACUCACUCAUCGCUCGAUCAUCGCAGUAGGCAUAUCUUACAAACAGGAAAACGAACUAUCAUCACAACACCCAACAAUUCAACAAGAUUCAAAUUGAAACGAAAAGAGUAGGCUUUGGAUUCAGUUUCUAACCCCUUCCAUAAUCAACAAAACGGAGCACCGAAUGGUGUGGAUAGCAUUUACGGUUUUUUCUCUUAAUUUUUGACAGUUUUUAAAAUUAAAGAUAACACCUUACGAAUGACAAAAAAAAAUAGUCGACUCGACUUCACGGCAGUCAAAAUCAAGCAUCAGAUCUUAUGGAGCUAAUAGCUAGCUACUUACUCUUUUUCUACUUUCAUUAGAAGUAAAGAAAACACAAAUCAACCAACAAUACACAACAACAAUUGAAAAAAGGUAAUCCUUUUUUUUUUGGAAAAAAGGAAGGUAUUGCAAAAAACAACAGUAAUUAUAAACUUAAAACAAAAACCAAUCAAAUGCUGAAAGGAAGGGCAGUUGAAAAUAAACACUUGUAAAGGAAACUA